AUGUCGAGAAGGGACGACGCGGGCCGUAUGAGCGCGUACAACUAUGCCGACCGGCGCGACGGCGAGAGAAGCGGGUACGGUCAACAACAAAGCGUUAGGGUCAGAAGCCCGCUGAGGGACAGCACCUUGCGGGAUCGCAACCGCGACUGGGAACGGAACCUUGAUCGCGAGCGCUCUCCUGGCGCGAGUGGCCGACGCAACUCGACAGAUUUUCGCAAAGACCACCGAGACGGCGCACAGGGUCGAGACAGGUUCCAGCAGAGCGGCGGCUUCUCCCCACCACGUGGUCCAGCAAGCCAUCGCCCGCAAGAGCCACCUCGGGGGCCGGGCUUGAACCGAUCCGCGACAGCGCCCAAUGCGUCCGCAUUUAAAGCAGGUCCCCUAUCCACGGCAGCGCAACAAUCCGACGCCGACGUCCUCCUCCGCCUUUUUCGCAACGUUGUGACUCCAGUCACAGAUCGCACAUUGCUCAAAAAACAAAGACAGGAGGUCGAGAAGGCAUGCGUUCGACAGAGGCUGGAACUUGAGAAGGGCGCUUCCAAACACAACGAUUUCCCUUCGGUGCGCGACGUGCAUGCCCAUGCUACCAAGAAACUGGACCUGAAAAUGGAGAUGUUGAAUAAAGAACUCGAGCACAACAAUACGACCCUCAACAAUGAGACAAGAAUCUGGCUCGAGAAACUGCUCGAGUUGGCGGCCCAUACUCCACCAACCCAUGCCCAGCCACAGCAACAGGGUGGCGUCGACUCUCGGCUUGAUGCUCUCGAAAAGCGAAUGGUGGACCGGGAGACGGCGUGGGAAGAAAAACAGGCGGCUCGAACAAAACAGCAUGAUGAUGCGCUCGCGAAACAUGCAGAGCGGAUCUCGGUGCUUGAGGCCAACAUGAUUGAUGCCAAGUCUCAUAUCCAGAGCUUGCAGAAUGAAAAUGCAGCCCUGAAAUCAGGACUCGAGGUUGCGGGAGACUCGUCUUUGAAGCCUACACCCGAGGUCCCAGCGUUGGCUGCCUCGCAGACGUUGCAGGCCUUGGUUGACACAAUGCGAGACGAGAUGCGAGCUCUCACGGCUAAGGUUGAUGAGGCCACAGCACCUCUUGCUGACACUGACAUGGAGUUUAUCAACGACUCUUGUACUGACAUCAAUGUCAAGCUGCCCGUUCUCGAAUCCGAGGUCAAUCGGCUGAAAGAGAUGGAAUCCAAGCUCGUCACCAUCGCACAGCAUGACCAAAGCUGCAGCACGGUGCAGGACAAGCUGAAUAACAUGGCGGUACUGUUUGGCAACCUGAUCAAGAAGGACAGGGCAGAGACAGACGCGCGCUUCGCAUCGCUGGAAACGAGCGGCCGACAGCUCUCCUUACUUGCGCCUGGACCUGCAGCAUCAGCAACCUCCCAACAUGGUUCGGCGGCGCCCGAUGCGCUCAACACGGUCGAGGAACGCGAGCGAGCACUCGAGGAAGCGAGACGGGGGCGAGCCUGCGACAGGUGCAGCUAG